AAGAGCAGAGAAGACAGCUUCAGAUGUACCUCGCAGCCAAUGAAAAGCCAAAAUACUCAAGUGCAAAACCUUUUCUAAAGGACCAGACGAAUCGCCUGAAUCCACCCUUAGAACCAGUUUCUAAACCAGAGCAUGUUGACAGGAACAAGAAGGAUGCUCUCAGAAAUGUGGCGAAGGGCGCUCAGAGGGAUGGCAAGCUUGGUGCCAAAUCCACAUGGCACACUGGCCACGCUGCUCAGCAGAAGUCUUCAAAUACAUCCCAGAGAGCAGCAGUGGUACAUCCAGAGCAGCCAAGGAAGAGCACAAAGCUUCCCCUGGGGCUCGUGCCAAGCACGAGCCACCCUACGCAGCCCAGAGGGAGGCUCCCAAAUUCAGCCUGUGGUCACCUAAAUCCAGAAAAGAACAAGAAACCUGCACAGGUUACUGCUGCAACAUCUCAGACUGGAAGUGACCAUCUGCCUCCUGGGGCAUCUUGCUCCCUAAGUGAGGACCUGCAGGACAGGCUGGCCUGCAACAAAGAAAACAUCCGAGCACAAGCCUCUGUGCACCCUGGGCUGAACAGAGUUUUUCAGUCUGAUGGGAACAAUCUCGGGAACAAGAGAGUCUUGGCUCAUAAGCAAAGCUCAGCCAUGAUGUCAAGAACUGUCACAGGCCCGAAGGACAGAAUGAAUAGCUGCCAGGCUAAGGAAGAGCCAAUUCAGGAUAAAUUCAGGAAAACCCUGCCAAGCUCAAAGAGCACGUCUCAAAAACCAAGCGUCAAAACUCAGCCGUUGCAGCCCCCUCGGUUACUUACUGCUUCUACUAACUUGCUACAUAAAAAAAUGGGGGCAAACCAGGAAAAAACUAAUACAGCAAGGGAACCCGUAGAAAAAAACCUGCUCUUCACACGUCCACUGGGAGGUUUUAAGGACCACAGUAGACCCCCCCAACUGAAAAGAUCUUCCACAAAGCAUCCAGCUUCCAGCAGGUCCCAGGGGACCACAAACUUGAAAUCCAGCCUGAAACCAGACGUCAUGGCUCAAUGGCAAAGGCCCAUGGCUAAAAGGGAGAUGGAUAGGAAGGAUGUGAAGGUGGUGCCUCCCAGACCCACAGCCACGUCACUAGUGACAGUUGCCCAAAACCACAGCUCCAAAACUCAAGCAGUUGAGAGCAAUGUUAAGAGUAAGAGAGAGAGGCUUAAACCAGAGCUGCCAAAGACAAGUGGAAUACAGGCAAGGCGUGUUCCCAAGACCCCAUCAGCUGCAGAUCGUAAGAAACAGCUGGAGGAGUGGUUGGCAUCCAAAGGCAAGACGUACAAGCGGCCACCUAUGAUGCUGCUUCAGAAACAGGCAAUGAAGCUGUCCUGGAGAAAUGUCAAGGAGAAAGAGAAGCAAGAGAAACCAGAGCAGCUCUGCCUGGAAAAGAUCAACAACAUAUUAACUGAGUGCCUGCAGCUUGUUGAGGAGGGUGUCCAGGCAGAGGAGAUCUCUACAGUGCUGUCCCGCGUGCCCCAGGCAGAGAAAUUUGCCAAGUUCUGGAUCUGCAAAGCAAAACUCCUCGCCCAGAGUGGCCCUUUUGACGUGAUGGGUUUGUACAAAGCAGCGGUCUGCGCUGGUGCUGUGCCACUCCAGGAGCUCAGAGAAUUUGUCCUUGAUGUUUUGAAGGCUGCAGACCAAACAUCAAAAGGGGAAAAGGUUGAGCAGCCCAUUCCUUGGGAGCCCACAACACCUUUCCCAAGCGAGAAGCUGCCCGAGAUAGCGACUCCCUGCCUGACGGGGCGGUCCCUGGCCAGCCUGCCCAUCUCAAUCAAGUUGCAAGUUACAUCUGCAACCAGAGGAAAGGAGUUGCUGGAAGGCCCGGAGCUGAAAUUCCUGACGCCGGUACGGCGCUCACUGCGGAUAGAGCAAGCUGGGAGCUACUACCCAGAGAUGCUGAAGGACCAUGACCCUGUGGUGUCAUCCCUCAGUGAAAUCCUGGAUGUGGAGGAAGAGACUCAGUACUUCUUCCGGAAAAACAAGGCUUUGCCAGAGGUGGCGGAGCUGGAAGGUUUGAGUCUGUAUCCCCCAGAGUGCUGCUGA